UUUAAAGACAACCCUAAAGAUCAAGCCAUGAAUUUUGCCAACUUUUUUGGCUGCGAUCAGCGGUCGGACAAAAUGCUUGACUGUCUCCGGGGUCAGGACAGGAACGCACUGAUGGGUAAAUCCCGGGACCGCGACCUCGAGCGCAAUGUCCAGCCCUAUUGGUUCAGACCUGUGGUCGACCGUAACCUGACCUCAUCGGGUGUGCUCAAGGACUGGCCGGAGUCACUGUACCGAAACGGACAGUUCAAAAAGUGCUCGUACAUGAUUGGGUUCACACGUAACGAGGGAUCCCUUGAAUAUUACCUGCAGAAGGAAAGGGCGGACAACCGGCGGACCAAUGAGGAGAAGAUCGCUUUCCUGAUCCGACCCUUUCUGAAGGAAUGGGCGUCGGAGGACGUGAUCGCGACCGUCAUCAAUUAUCAGUAUUUUGGCAAAAAUUUUAGCAGGAAUGCCCUGUCAUCGCAGUUUGCUAAUGGACCACAAAGUAUCAGAAAUAACGCACAGUUUAAUAGUUUGAAUAAUCAGAUGCCCUAUCAAAGUGGUAUACAAAAUAAUUAUCAAAGUAAUAUCGCCGCGGGUGGCGGUCAAGAGUAUCAGAAUGAUCAAAUUUUGGUUGAGCUUAUGGGCGAUUUUCUAUACAUCGCGCCCUCAGACUUCGUGGCACGACUGCACUCUAUGGGUGGGGGGAAGGUAUGGGUGUAUGCGUUUGAAUUCGAGGGAACUCGUUCCCUGGGACCCAUACAGAAAAACGCCAAGAUGAUUUCUAAACAAACAUACGGCGUAACCCAUAUGGACGACAUGUUAUAUGCAUUCAACACACCCUACGCCCCGGACGCCGCAUCCACUGAACGUACUUUAUCUAGCACAUACGCCCGUAUGUUCUUUGAGUUAACCCGUUUUGGUUACAUACCUGACGUGUACAACAGCUUUUACCAGUGGCGCCAAUACCUACACCAUCAGCCCUCG